AUGGACACCGACAGCGACAUCUCGACGGUUCUUGCGAGCUUGCGGCUGGAGAACGAGACGAAUGGCGACAUCGUCAACAUCUUGUACCAGUUCGAAGACUACUACGAGCGCAAGCUCUGGCACCAGUUGACGCUCGCGCUCGAGGAGUUCUUCUUCCUCACCCCGGAGGCGACCCCCCAGCUCAAGUGCAAGGUCUACGACUUGUUUGUGCUGCAGUUUGCCAACAAGCUCAACCCGAUCAAGGUGGUCGAGUUUGCCCUCUGUGCCUACGGCGACCACCCGAAGCAGAUGCUCGAGAAGUUGCUGGAGCUCAGGCAGCUGGUGGAGAAGGAGAUCAGAGUCGCCCACUACAAGCCCCAGGGCAGCGACGAGGAAAACGAACGCAACGAGCGGGAGAUGGUGGCGACAAUUGAGGCCACCGACGCCAUCAACUACAUCGAUUUGAACCGGGCGCGCUACCAGCUUAAAUUGGGCGACAUCGACGACGCCGAGGCGGUGUUGGACAAGUUGGCGGGCCGCUACGACAUUGGCAACGGCGCUGUCGCUGUGGUCGACACCGCCACCCGUGGGGGCAAGACGGCGGUGCUGGACCCCAACCAGCGGGUCGCGGCGGCCUACUAUUACACCAAGUACGAGCUCCACAAGCUCAAGAAGAACUACAACGAGACCUACCGCGCCGGUUUAUUGUACUUGCUGUCGGUUGACGGCACCACUUUGACCCCGGACCAGAAGGUGGCCAUCUGCUACGACUUGGGGGUGGCGGCGUUGUUGGGGGACAAAAUCUACAACUUUGGCGAGUUGAUCUUGCACGAGAUCUUGUCGCUGAUCAAGGACAACCAGUACGCGUGGCUCUAUGACUUGAUCGUCACCCUUAACCAGGGUAACAAGCCCCAAUUCUUGCACCAGCUCCAGGCCAGUUUCCCCCAGCUGCCGCUCCUCAAAUCUCACGAAGAGUUCUUGGUGCGGAAAAUCACCAUCAUGUCGUUGAUGGAGCUCAUCUCGCAGCAGGCGGCCACCUCCAACAAGUCGUUGCUGUUUGACGCCAUCGCCCGCUUCACCGACAUCAAGCCCGACCAGGUCGAGUUGUUGAUCAUCAAGUGCUUUGCCCUCGACUUGAUCCGGGGCCAGAUCGACCAGGUGAACCGCAUGUUGCACGUCACCUGGUUGCAGCCACGGGUGCUUGACUUGAACCAGGUGAAGGUGUUGUACAACCACCUUCUCAACUGGGACAGCCACGUCGAGCUGUUGGCCCGCGACGUAUAUGCCAACGGCGGCGCCAUCUGGGCGGAAAACUGA